AUGGCGGAGUGCGCAUGCGUGUCCCCGCGGUCGCCCCGCUCUCGCCAUGAGGUCGAUCCGCGGUCUUCUGACCCCCGCCCUCUUCCCGCCCACAUCACCCUGGCCCCGCCCCGCUCUCCGCGCCCACUCCCGGUUCCCGCGCUGCUCGCACCCAACCACUCUGGAAUUCACUCCACAGUCCCCAAGUUCCAGGUUCUGGAUUAUGUUCCAUGGCAGUGGUCCAGGCAGAAAACCAAACCAUCUACUUUGCCUCCAGUCCAACAAGCCGGCAGCCACAGUAAAAGCAAAAUGAAGACUUUGAAUGAGGUCCAACCAGCAUUGCACUCCAAGCCCACCAUGCUGGUGGCAAGCCAGCUGAAGAAUCCACGAGAACAGCUGCACAGAAGGGAGAAGCUGGACGCUAGGAAGAUGCAGGCCAAAAUCCGGCUAAUGAAGGCGAUGCUCAGGAACAAGCGGACCUCACUCCAGGAGCUCCGCAGCCACGAGCACUUCCUCACCAAGCUCAACCGGGAGCUGAUCAAGACCAUCCAGGACAUGGAGGACAGCACGACCCUCAACGUGCGGGCGAUGCUGCAGCAGCAGGACAUGCUGGCGGCCGUCGUUGACAUCUUGGAGUGCUCAAACAAGAAAAGGCUGCAACAGUUGGAGUCUGAGCUUCAGGAGUGGGAAGAGAAGGAGCAAUGCAAGAUUAACUGCCUGGAGCAGCAGGUGGAGCAGCUGAAUGCCAAGAUCAAGCAGACCCACGAGGAGGUGAACUUCCUUAGCACUUACAUGGACCACGAGUAUUCCGUCAAAUCGGUCCAGAUUGCCAGCCUCGUGCGCCAGCUGCAGCAGGUUAAAGACAGCCAGCAGGAUGAGCUGGAUGACCUUAGUGAGAUGCGCAAAAGCGUCCUGAAGUCUUUGUCCGACAAGGUGCAGAAUAAGAGAAUAAAAAUUCUGAGGUCUCUGGUGGUGAAAACCCAGUCUCCCCACCAGGAGGCUCUUCUACAGAGGGCCCAGGCCAGCCAGGCCAUGCUGAAAAUCGUGAGCAAGUACAGAGAAUUUAUUGACCAGUUUGAGGAGGAAGUGCCCAUACUAAGGGCCGAGGUGGAAGAGCUUCAAGCCCAGGUCUGGGAACCGCGAGAGAUUGUAUUUGAGGAUGUUCUGCUUCGGAGACCCAAGUGCACCCCAGACAUGGACGUCAUCCUCAACAUCCCUGUGGAAGAGCUGCUACCCUUCUAG